CUUCGAGCUCGAGCCAUGCUGAUCCAAGUCGUUGCCUACUCUUCGCAGGUUUAUGUGAGUGUCUUGAUCCUCCUUCGAGCUCGGGCCAUGCUGAUCCAAGUCGUUGCCCACUCUUCGCAGGCUGUCGAGCCAUACUUACUGAAGACAUCGCCCACCCGUUCACAGAGUAUUGUGAGCACAUCAAUCCUCUGUCGAUCUCCAACAUUGCUGAUCCGUGAAAUUGCUAAUCCACAUUGACAGUAUGUGAGUUCAGUGGUUUAGUCCUCCGUGGAGCUCGAGCU